AUGUCAAUUGAGAAGCGCAAAGAAGUGGAUUUUUCUAGCAUGAAAUGGCUAGAGGUUCAAUCAGGAUGGUUUCUGCCCAUGCAAUUUGAGAUGCACAUCAUGCAAGGUUGCAUUAGUUUGAAAGAUGCUAAAUCCAUGGUUAAUUUCUUUUUGUAUCCUUGUAUUUAUGAUGAAUUAAAUGCAGUAGUAAACUUCCAUGUGAAAAAUCAAGAUUCUGAUAUAGAUGCAGAAUGGUUCACUUCUGAAUUCAUAAAUGAUGUUAAAUGCUCUGGUAUUCCAAACCUCAGAAUUGUACUGAAAGUUGGGGUUCUUAUCAUGCUGAUUCAGAAUUUAGAUCAGUCUGUUGGAUUGUGUAAUGGAACUAGAUUGAUAGUGACUGCUUUGACACCGUAUAUUAUUGUUGCAACAGCUCUUUCAGGUACAAAAUCAGAUAAAUCUGUUCCUAGAUUAAGCUUAACUCCUCCUGACACUGGCCUUCCAUUCAAAUUCUCAAGAAGGCAGUUCCCUGAAACUGUCUAUUUUGCUAUGACUAUAAAUAAGAACCAAAGCUAA